ACUUGAACUGAUUACCGUACGUGCAACAAGCCUCCUUCUAACUCAGCAUCCAGUGGAGGACUCUGCUGUGCGAGUCUCUCCACGGCGCGAACGUAAGUAGGCGGAGGUGUGUGCAUAAAUCCAACAACGAACCUCUCGUCAAAUUCUCCACGGACAAGAUGACAAACCGAGUCGAUAUCCUGUGGGGCUCCCCUGGCCCGGUCAGGGUUCGCCCGGACCCAUGCACUAAGUGCAACCGGAUGAUAGACAGGGGCCAGCAUGAAACGAAUUGUGGAGCAACACUGCCAGUCGGCUUAGGCGACGAUGGCGAUGAAGACAUGAGAGAAGCUGACCGGUCGUGUCCUCCAACCUUUGACCAGCUCAAGCUCGCAGAUCCAAAGGAUACGGUGCGGGCGCUGGACAACGACCUCAUGCCGCAACAAGCCCUCUUCGUACAGCACGUCCUGGAAGAGCUCGAGGACCAGCUAGAGCUCGAGGAGCUUGAACUGGCCCAGUACUGGGAUGAAUUGACUCCGAUGUGCACUCAAUACCACGAGGAGCUCGACGAGGAACAGUACAGCACCAAGGUGGCGUGGAGGAUUCCGCUGCCGAACGUGAAGACGCUCCAUAUCGACGACGUGCAUCCCAAGCUCCUUUACGCGUUCCUCACACACUUCGACCUGCCGAAAGUCACCACCCUCAACCUCACGUACGACAUCGACGGUCAGCCGGACCGCAAAGAGCUCUUACUCGUGCUCCUCAAUGUCGGCGCCGACGUGCUCGAGCAGCUCGACCGGUUCGACUCGACCAGAGAGCUCCACUGCCACCACAUCGAUGUCCUGGAGCGCUUCUACACGGCGAUCGAGCCCGUAAAGAAGUUCACGCUGCACUACUGGGCCGACUACUUCAAUUGCCAGGAGUGGCUCAUCGUGCUGCAGGCGCAGUGGCGCAGGGUGCUGGAGCACCCGGAAUUGGGCGAGAAGCCUUACCUCCCGUACCUCUCCCUCCUCACGGCCCACGGGCUCGCGGGGCCGAAGCUGUUCCCGCUGCUGAACGACCGGAGGCUCGUCAAAGACACUAUAUACGGCGUGGUUUACGCGCAAGGCCAUCUCUAUCCGCACGAGUAUGACAGGCUCAAUAACGAGCUGCGCCACUUCAAGUGCUAUAUAGAGGUGGAUAACAGCCAGUAAGAUCCGUUCACGGGACACUUGGUACUACCGGGACCUCGGACUCGGAGCUGAAGGGAGUUCGAAUAGAGAUGUCAAUGAUGAUGAUGUACUGUACGCAGAAGUAGCUCAUUGAUGUUCGGGGAAUGCAUGGUCACUACUGCUAUCA